GACGUCACGAUGACGUCACCACCCCCACAGGGAGAUGGAGCUCUUCGUCCACGGCUUCCCCUCGGACGUGGCGGCUCUCAGGUUCGAGUGGGCGUGGCAACACCCCUCCUCCUCCCGCCGCCUCCCGGCCCCGCCCACCCGCCGGCCCCGCGAGCAGCCAAUCAGCUUCGCCCUGCGGACCCUGCCCCGCCUCCUCCGGGCCCCGCCCUGGUCCCGCCUCCCCCUGCGGCUGCGCUGGCUCCGCCCCGGGCCACGCCCGCCCCUUGAGCCGGCCCCGCCCCCUCACGUCGUGGUGGAGGAGGGGGAGGGGCUCCCUGGGGCCGGGCCACGCCCGCGGAGGGGGCGGGGCAAGGGGAAGGACACGCCCCCUCAGGAGGAGGCUCCGCCCACUAUGAAGUGUGACCUGUGCCAAGAG